AUUUGCAUUGUAGUAAGGAGACUGGAAACUUUUCUAGAUAGAUUAUUUAUGGUUUGCAUAUUACAGUUAAAAUCACCAAGAAGGAUGACGUUGUUUGUAACUGUAUACAAUUUCUCAAGAUUACUUUCAAGACUGUCAAAAAAAUCUAAAUUGCGAAGAGUGAAUCUUUUUCCAAUCACGACAAGCGUCCUUAUGAACAUAAUUUUUAUGACAGUCCUUAUUACAAGAGGAUGUACCCGUUCCGCUAGCCCAUAAAACAAAACAAAACAAAAAUCAUUAUUUUUACUACAUACAUAUACCAAGUAGGCCUAUUCGUUCUGUUCGACCAAUGCUGCUCGAAAUCACAAACAGAUGUUACUCAUCAGUGUUUAUCUUUUUUCCCGAGAUGCCGUCAACUGAUUUUUUUUAACCAAUCGAUAAAUUAAACGUACAACGAUGGCAGACUACUUUCACGACUAGAAUAUGGAGAUGAAUAUAUUUCAUAGAUAAUUGUGCUUCAUAAUGAUUGAUUCUCAGUGAAGGAAACUAUGAGGAACCAAAGAGUGUCGUUAGCCAUUCUCUUUGUUGUCGGCAUCAUGAUUGUGGUGUUGAGAAAUCUUGAUUUGCGGGUACCAUAUUCAUCACGGCUCGAGCAGAAGGGUAGGACAAUUCCAGAUUUCUUUGAGAAACAACUUCAACUAUCUUCUCGGACAGAUCGUCCAUCAAAUUACGUCAUAUCGACAAAGGAUCAUCAUGAGAAACGUAAGAUAUCAACCACUCCAUCGCCGCCUUAUGACAUCUUAAAAACACAAGAUCAGAGACACAGAUCCGUCAUGGAUACUUGUAUCUUGUACGGCGGAGACCCUAACGAUGUAGAAUCAAGAAACCUUACCGAAAAUCAACUCUGGAUGUUAAGCCAUGUCUAUGUCAUACCCAAGUUUAAGAUUCUUUAUUGUGCAAUUCCUAAAGCGGGCUGUACCAACUGGAAGCAGAUGAUCCUGAAUAUAAGCGGUUAUGGUGACAUCCUGGAAGACAUGAAGGAGAGCAGUGGUGCCUAUUCGGUUCAUGAUUUAAUGAAUCAUGCCUACAAACCAAUAUCGAAACUCGACCCUGAUCGAGCCCGAGAGACACUCAAAACUUACAAGUCGUUCAUGUUCGUUCGGAACCCUUACAGUCGUUUGCUAUCUGCCUAUCAGGAUAAGAUUCUCCAAGAUGAACACUCGAAGUGGAGAGAUGAAAUGCUGGAAUGGAUCAUCUCCAACGAUCCUAAAGUUGCAGCUGAUGUCUUCCUUGGAAAACGAAACUUCACUUUCGAGGAGUUCCUCACGUUCUACCUGUCACCGAUCGACAAUAAUCCUCAUUGGAAGGAGUACUACCGACUCUGCUUUCCGUGUCUAGUUAAUUACGACUUCAUCGGGAAGUUAGAGACAAUGCGUGAAGAUUCUAAGUAUAUCCUCGAGACCCUGUUUCAGGUGAACUCUUCGCUGAGUCUCUCAAAGUCCAAACGGGUGACUGAUAGCUCAAGCUAUGGCAGUCUGAGAGACCUCUAUUCGAGUAUCCCUCGAGAUCUUUUGCGAAGGAUAUCUGUUUACGGAGGAUUAACGAUCGAUUCUAAACUUUUUGGUUAUGAUAUCCCGAAGGCUAUCAAGGAACUUCUUCAAUAAAACUUGGGGUUUGGUUGACUAUUUACAGAGUUCAAGUCAGGAAAACAUUUGAUGGUAUAAAAUCAUUAUGGUGUUUCUGUAUAUUCCGUCAUUCUGCUGUAGCAAUAGUUUUCGCAUUACGGAACAAAUGUAAAAUUCUUAAAAUUAAAAGAAGUGAUUAUUUUUUUAGUAUAGUUGUGACUGUACAGGUUUAAAAUAAUGCGAUAAUAAAUUUGAUAAAAUGCAAAUAUCCCCUUCUAUUAGUAAUUCUUUGGCGUUAUUGAAUGCUGCCAAAUAUAUAAAGUUUUUACGCAUCACAAUGAAGAGAAAAAUAAAAGUAUUCAAUAUUUCACGUAAUAAGAAAUAUAUUUCAUAAUGAGUGUCCCCUUAAUUAAAUACCGACCAACAUAACCAAGGUGUGCACAACUGUGUUGUGAAAAUGUCAAAUGUCAUAACUUUUUUAUUUCACAUCCGAUUUCAGUGUAAGGUUUGUUUGGUUUUUCUCUUUUUAUUCGAUUUUUUUUUUUAUAGUUUGGGGCGGGUAGGGGGGGGGGGGAGUAGCCCUGUAAGAAAACUUUUGUCGCGCACGUAUACGUGUACAGCUAUAUAGAUAAGUUGUUCCUUAUCUGAAACUGAUUUUGAAUAAAUUGAACUAACUCUGUACAAACAUAAGGUAUGAUUUCGAAAAAACCCACAUAAUAGCAAAGCACCCCAGUAUUACCGUGAAAUUAAAUUCAUCACUUACUAGUACAAGCCUACUGUAUGACGAUAUUGCAGUGUAAUGAAUUAAAAUAAAACGAGAUAAUUUGUCAAUGUU